GCUAGCAAUCACAAAUCACAACCCAGCAAGGUCUCUCCCGGUAUAAUUCGUGCCUGUUCACGCAAUGGCAACGCCGGCCCGCCGGCCGUCGAACCAGCAGCAGCCGCUGACGGUGGACUUCGAGGCGCUGAGCUACAUCAGCAGGCUCGUGGAGGCGUUCCAGGCGUUCGACUCCGACAACGAUGGCCUAGUCACCGCCCCCGAGCUCCGGGGCCUCCUGUCCUCCCUGGGCCUCAACAAGUCGGAGGCGGAGGCGCGGGACAUGCUGGCGCGCGCCGACGGCGACCGUGACGGUCUGCUUAGCGUGGAGGAGUUCCUGGACGUGAUGAACGCCGGCGAGCUCGGGCUGGGCGCGCUCGGUGCGCUGCUGCAGGCCGCCGUGCCGGCGCUGGAGUCCUUUGCGGGCGGGCCCGAUGGCGUGCUGGGCGCCGAUGAGCUUGCCAGGGUGCUGGGCCUCAUGGGCACCGCCAGUGCCGAGGAUUGCGCGGAGAUCGUCGCGUGCAUGGACGGCGAUGGAGAUGGCACCAUCACCGUCGAGGAGUUCAAGCUCAUGGCCGACCUGCUCUAGCUAGCUACCCAGGGCGUAUCAUUAUUUAUAUUUGGGAUCGACCGGUACAUCGGAUCAUGUAUUGUGAUGUAAUAAUAAUAAGCAUGAGCACGUCGAGAGAUACGGGGGUUUUGUGUGCAUGUACAUGGACCAUCGUUGAUGAAAUUAUUGUGCAUAAUAAAAAUGCAACACUCGCAUCCGAGAGGUUCGAAGGUAA